AAGCGUUUGAGACCAAGCGAAGAUGUAGCAUUCUGUGAUUCGCCAUGGGCUGCACGCACUCGUCGUCGGCCGUGAACACUUCGUCGGCGCUGGUGCCGACAACCGCGCCGAUUGCGCCACCCCAAAAGGUCUACCUCCUCUCGUCCUACUCGAUCGACGAGACUGGCGUCGUGCUCUACCACAUCACGUCGGACGAAAUCGUGGUCACCAAACGCUUUACGGACUUCAAGCUCUUUCACCACGACAUGAGCUUGCUCAUUGAAGACUUGCCGCCGCUGCCCGAGGCCGGUCUCCGCACGUACUGGCGCCGACACGACGUCGCGAUGAUCGAGUCCCGGCGCGAGCGCUUCCAGGAGUUCAUCAACUACGUCGUCGCCUUUGACGACGAAAUUCUCAACUCGGCGCUCGAAGUGUUUUGCGCCGUUCGACUCGGCGUCAGCGAUGACGCCGACUUGUACUAGGCAUUGGCGCCAUGUAGAAUACUUGUACUCUAGUCGCAUAGUAGAAUCAUAUAACUUAGGUUUUUAGCCCUUGA